AUGGAUUACGGUCUCGCCGCGCCCCAUGGGCCCGAUAUGGAGGGCACUCACCCGCCGCUUCAUGAAAUGACCAACUCAGAGCGCCAGGUCUUUGAUUACCUGCUCCGGCCUGACGACAGCUACGACGAGAAUGGCGUCUACUGGGCUGAUAUGAACGUCAUGCAACGCGCCAAAUUCGUUGCCCGCUAUGAUGCCCGCGAAUCCAAGAGAGAGCUCACUUCGAUCGGUCGAAUGUUCAAAAAGGACCCUCUCAGUCCUGUCAGCACGUACUUCCACAAUAUGGUUCUUCCUGGUGCCGGUCUUGGUCUUGAAGGUUAUGUCCUCUUCUCCAUUGGUAAUGUGAAGUCGCUCUUCCAAAAGGUCUGGCCUAUGUGCUGGAAGUCGGCCAAGACCUGCAACCCGACCUGGAUUGCGGCCGUCGAUUAUCUUGAGAUUUGUGGUAUUAUUGUCGGCCAGAUCCUGGUCGGUAUUCUUGGUGACUGGCUCGGACGUCGCUGGGGUCUGAUCCAGGAUGCCUCGAUUAUGCUUAUGGGUCUGGUCAUGCUUACCGCCUCCUGGGGUACCAGCUUGAAUGGCUGGGUGAUCUGCUACGCUUGGUCUCUCUUCUUCUAUGGUAUUGGUGUCGGCGGAGAAUACCCCAUGACCGCUACCUCCGGUAUGGAAAAUGCUGUCGGUUCCGGAAAGGUUUCGACCAAGGGAGACCGUCUCCAUCGUGGCCGCGCCGUCACCAGCGCCUUCCUGAUGCAGGGCUGGGGCCAGUUUUUCAACCAAGUCAUCCUGAUCUUGUCGCUCCUCAUCUUCCACCACGGCAGUGGUAACGCGCCGUAUUCCGCCGUCGCCGCACAGUGGACCUUCCGGAUCAGUUUUGCCAUUCCUGCAGUCGGCACACUCUGGCUCGUCUACUAUCGUGCCUACAAGAUGAAGGCUGCGAGCAAGCAGCUUGCCUCUGCCAAGGCCAAAUCGCAUGUCACUGGCUACGACACCAAGUCGUUGGGCCUGACCCUCACCUAUUUUGGUCCUCGUCUUCUCGCCACCGCCGGUGCGUGGUUUGCCAACGACGUCUUCUUCUAUGGAAACAAGCUCUUCCAGGGCGAGUUCAUUGGCGUCAUCAUGCCCCAUAAUAAAUCGAUUAUGCCGGGCUGGCUGUACAACUUGAUCAACAUCGGUGUCAGCUUGUGCGGAUACUACCUGGCCUCUUUCCUCAUCGACAACAAACUCUAUGGCCGCAAGAAGAUGCAGAUUGUGGGCUUCAUGCUCUGCUUCGUGCUUUUUGUCAUUCCUGCCUUCCACUACAAAUAUUACACCUCCUCGGCACACAUCAAAGAAUUCCAAGCCAUGUACUUCCUCUCCUCCUUCUUCAACCAGUUCGGUCCCAACUGUGUUACCUUCCUUGUUGCCGCUGAGGUUUUCCCGACUCCGAUUCGUGCCACUGCCCACGGUUUCUCUGCCGCCGUCGGCAAGCUCGGUGCUCUCCUCGCCUCCAUUCUUUACAACUACAUUGACACGCAGACCAAGUUCUACGUCGUCCCUUGGUUCGGCCUCGGCGGUGCUAUCCUCACCUUCCUCUUCCUUCCCGACACCACUGGUCUCGACCUCAAAGAGCAAGAGCGUCGUUGGCAGUUCAUUCGCGAAGGCCGCGAGGAUGAGUACCACGGGGUUGCGGUUCACCCUAAGCACUUGUCGCUCUGGGAGCGUAUGCGCGGCGUCGGCAAGCACUACAACGCCGAACUCGACUACCAGCAAAAGGUUGACGAGAUGCGGGCCGAGUGGGUCGAGCAGCAGGAGCGCAAGGUUGCCGACGAGAAGGGCGCGGACUCUGACAUGGACGAUGCCAUUAGCUCCCACCUCUCCAGCUACUUUGAGCGGACCGGCGGAAAGUCUCCUCUCCUCAUGGGCAAGGAGAAGUAUGGUGCCUCUCCUCUCAUGGCGGGUCGGGAAAAGUACAAUGAGAAGAGUGUCCCCCCUUCUCCUAGCGGUGGUCCUAUUCAGGAGCACCCUCAUGAAGAUGGUGUGCCUCAAGAUGGCAUAGCCCAAAACGGUUCGGCCCAGAACGGGGUUCCCAAGGACAUUCAGUGA